CAAAUGACGUAAGCUUCCAUGUUGGAAAUGCGACUGCUAAAUUAAGACGGAGAAGUGUGUAUCCAGAAUAGCACAACUGCGAAUAAUCCAUUUCGGUUAUUCAAUCAAAGGAAGCGACACUCCACGGACUUCGCAAUAUCAAAAUACGCAUUUUUCUUCCGAACAUAUUUUGGGACGUGCGUAAAGAAGGUAUGUUGGACUGGCGGCAAUCGGUGUUUUAAAGGGACGGGUAAAAUCACGUCGAUUGCCGACUUCGCCUUAAAUGGAGGGUGUUUUUUGGGGGACUAGCGGAUGUUGUCCAAUUCCAAGUAACCAUGGUGAGGUUGGACCUGGAUCAAGUGGUGCUGAGGAGGAUGAAGGAGGAGGAUGUUGACAUGGUCAAAUCUCUCAUAAAGGAGGGCUGCCAGGGCAUGGAAAACCGCCUCAUCCUGCACAUCCUCACUCGUCCGCUCUGCCUUUUCAUCUUGGCAGUGUUCUCAUCCGCCCUACGCUGCCUCAUUCACUCCUUCAUCCUGGCCCUGGCCAUUCCUGUCUUCCUGCUCAUUAUCUACCUCAAAAUCACCAUCCCGCGCUCCACUGGGGUUCUGGGCUGCAGCCGCCCCUCCUGGGACUACGUGGGCAGCAGUUUCAGGGGGCCGGACGAUGAGAUCCUACAGAAUCCUUACUCGAGGAUCAGUGGCAAGAAAGUCACAACAAAGAAGCCAAGACGCAGAACUGGAGCCAACGAAAAAGACAAAGAAGCGUCAAAGGAGCCAAUCACGCCGGAGAGGGAGCAAGCGGCGGGUCAGGUGUGGGUGGCAGAGAGCGAGGGCGAAAUCUUAGGCUGCCUCUUCCGAGAGAGCGAGAAGCGAGCCGGCGUCAGAAGGUUCUGUCGGCUGGUGACGGGCAGUUGGAACCGCAGGCAGGGCCUGGCGCGCUUCUUUGUCCACAGCCUGGAGCACAAGGAGAGGGAAACGGGGGCCUUCCGGGUCUACGCGCACGUUCCCUUCCCGUCCAAGGUGGGCGAGGUCUUUUUCAGGAAACUGGGUUACCUGCAGCUCGGGGAGGAGGCUGAAGACGAGGACGGACAGCUGGAGAAUCCGGAGAGAGGCUUUCUGGGAUUUCCACUCACCAAAGUCUUCUACAAAGACUUGUGAUGCGCGAGUGACUCAAAGGGACGCAAACUGGACGUUUCAUCUACAAUGCAGUGCAGCCACCGCUGCGCCACGGAAGGAUAUUGAAGUCAGCUAAGUAUUAUUUAUACACAUUUUAUUUAUUAUCUCCCCCGAAGAAUGUUAUGUUUUCACACGUGCAGGUUUGUCUGUUGUCUCUCUUUCUAUCCAUUUUUUUCUGUGUCGUUUAAUUAAAAUGAUCUUUUAAUA